ACUUCAUAGCCUAUAGUACUGCAUCUAGAAGCCGGGUGCCGGUGUUGAGUGCCUUCUUCGGGGCCGAACGCGACUUGGGGUCUUUCAAGAUACACCGAAAAGCUUUUUUAUAGCUUGACCCACGUAUGUUUCGUAAAGGUCUCGAUACCUAUCCUCAAUCAGUCCUUGUCGUCUAUACUUAACCUAACAUCUAUACAGAAGUGAGUAAGCACAUCACCUCUACCCCUCACCACAAUCAAAUCCCAAUCUGAACUUCUCCUAACCAUCCUUUCACAUCACUUCCCAAAAUGCCCCUCCGCGGUCCAGUCUCAGUCAACCACUGCACCCGUGCCAACAGCGAAAAGUUGCAAGUCGGGCCAAUCACCAUCUAUAUCUUCGAGGACGGUUCGCGCACCGACAACCGCAUUGGGUGUAUUCUGCUGGAGCUGCCCGCGGGGGCAUCAGGCCCACCCAUGCACUGGCACCGGUUUCACGAUGAGUGUUUCUUCGUGGCGAAAGGGGUCGUCACGUUCGUGACGCCCGAGGGAAAUGUGGAUUGUGGCGUCGGCGAGAUGAUGACGGUGCCGCCCAGGGCCAUUCAUACCUUUCAGAAUGCUAGUCAGGAAGAGGAGGCUGAGUUUUUUAUGACUGCUACCCCUGGAUACUAUAUGGACUACUUCCGCAUGAUGAGCAAGGUGACAAGUGAAGGCAAGAGGCUCACUCCGGAGCAGACGAAUCAUAUCAUGGAGCUUUUUGGCACGUUUCCCCCAGAUGUUGAUUCGGAGCCAUGAAGAGGGAGUAUUCACGAGUUGUCGAUCUAGGGACGAUGAUGAGGGCUCGUAUCUGUGCUGAAGGCCAUGCAUGUUUCAGUACAUUCGCAGUGGCAAUGGAGGCAUGCCCUUUGUUCGUGCUACUGUGUACACUAAUCACUCUCCGGGCACCCCAAUUUGGUAAUCAAAAUAACAAAAUCAGCCUCUGGGUUUCAACCAGCUGCUACAAUCCUAAUUCG